AUGUUGAGCGGUGAGCGUGUGUUACGCUCCUUGUUCUUAAUAAUUCGUAAUAAAUAAAACUCAACUAAAGACGUUUGAUAACUUAAACGUUUACCGAAACUGUGUAAAUAGAAUAACUACAAUUAUAGCGUAUAGUGAUUAUACGAUAUCAAAUAAAUUUUGUUUAUUUUUAUUUCGUUCUACAUUUAGUUGUUAUUUACAAAAGAAAGUUACUUAGUUUUCAUUUUGAAUGGCUAAAGAUGCGUGUUAUUAACAGAAAUUUGGUGUUGUUAUUGAGUAUUUUGUGUGUGAGUGGAGAUUAUAGCGUGGUGUAUAAUCAGCAUUCUUUGGAACUGACCCAGUCCUUGAACUUGGCAAGGCAAGAGCAGAUCCAGGAGCGAUGUAAUAGGUACCGGUUGACGUGGUCUGUUGAUGAUUUACCCAACAAUCAGUUGGAACACAUAUUAGUUGAUGAGGAUCGCAAGCUUCUCUACUGCUAUGUACCUAAGGUGGCAUGUACUAAUUGGAAACGACUACUCAUGACAUUAGGUGGAAAGUGGAAUGGAACUGAUGUUCUAGCGAUACCUGGACAUAUAGCCCACUCCCCGGGCAUGUUUAGAAAUCUAAGUUCAGUGCCCAAAGAAGAACGAGAUGAAAUGCUGGAGAAUUAUAACAAAAUGAUUAUUGUAAGGAAUCCCUUUGAAAGACUUCUAUCGGCAUACAGAAAUAAAUUGGAAAUAGAUACCCCGACUGCAACUUAUUUCAGGAAUCGCCUGGGUAGGAGGAUCAUCAAGGCCUUCCGAGAUAACCCAUCGAAUGAGUCCCUUGAACUUGGAGACGAUGUCACGUUCAGGGAGUUCGCCCUCUUUCUAACAACGAAGACAGAAGAACUGGCAGAUAUGGUGAAUAAUGAACAUUGGCAGCCGAUCACCAAUUUGUGCCAUCCGUGCCUGAUAAAGUACACGUUAGUUGGCAAAUACGAAACUCUUCUGGAUGACGCUCUAUUAGCCCUCCACACAAUCAACGCUACAGAUAAAGUACAAUUCCCAAGGCUAUCUCACACGUCAGGAACUUCGGAAAAACUGAGCAAGUAUUUCGCCCAACUCGAGUUGCCGCUUAUUAGUAAAUUGUACAAAUUGUAUAAAUACGAUUUCAGAAUUUUCGAUUACCAUUUAGAUAAUAUUGUUGGUUUCGAUUUAGGGUAGGUUAAACAUACAACUUGGAUAAUUGAUACAGGAUUUUAAUGCCUGGAAGAUUUGAUCCGAGUUUUAAUGUGACAUAGACAUAGACAAAACAUUUAUUACAUACGAAAACACACACACAAAAUAACAAUACUUAAAGAAAAAAUAAAA